AUGAAGAAGAUCUUGGUUCACGGAAUUAAAGAAAAGACACCUAUGGGUUUCUGCGAUGUCCCACGAAAAAACUUGUUGGACUUUUUACGUGAUAUGAAAAGCAUUUCUGUCCCAAACGAACCCAGAUACAAACCUCUGAAAAAGAUUCACAGGGCCGCAAGCGAGGGUGAUGCCCAGAGGCUGCAGAGAAUGAUCAGUCUUGGGAAGCACAGCGUGAAUGACAAAGACUUUAAGGAGAGGACUGCUCUGCAUUUCGCCUGUGCCUAUGGCCAGGUGGAAAUAGUAAGUGUUCUGCUGAAAAAUAAUUGUGACAUUGAUGCUGUUGACAGGAACUCCAUCACACCUCUGAUGAAGGCUGUACAGAACUGGACCUACGGAUGUGUGUGUGCAUUGCUGAAGCAUGGUGCUGAUCCAAACCGUAUGGACAAAAAUGGCAACACUUCUCUCCACUAUGCUGUGUCUGAAGACAACCAAACACUGGCUAAAUGCUUGCUUAAAUACAGUGCAGACAUGGAAAUAAAGAACAAGGAUGGCUUUACACCACUUUUAUUGGCUCUCAAGGAGAAUAAAAUAGAGAUGGCAAAGUUUUUAGUAAGGAAAGGAGCAAAUAUACACGUAUUUGAUGGAAUGAAAAGAAACACACUGUUAUAUGCCGUAAGGUGGGAUUCAAAAGACAUGGUGAGUCUGCUUCUCGAUGAAGGUGUUGACUUUUUCUUUAAAGAUGUAUUUGGAUGGACUGCAUUACGGUAUGCUAUUGAAGGCACAAGUAAAGGUAGUCGAGAGAUUCUCAUGAACUAUGAUGAAAAGUUACGCAGAAAAAAUAAAGAUGGCAGUCUAGAAUACAAGAAUUGUGAAGACAAUUUGCUACCCAAGCACCACAAUGAUCCUGCUUCUGUUUCCACCUUGCGUAAAUCAAAUGAGAAUGAGUGUGAUUUUGAUGACAAGCUGGACACUUCUAAGUAUGCUCUCGCUAAAUGUCCUAGUAACUUAUGUGGGGCUGGAGAUCAAAGAGACAAAAAUGAAUCAAAUUCAACAGUAGAUGUUCAAGUUUGGAUGCAUCCUACCUUGAAGUCUUCCACUGAAGGGAAAAUGCCCAUUCUGAAUGAAGUAGGAAAUAUGGCAGACUCACAGCACUUCAUAAUAGAAUCAGACUUAGAAAUUGAAUCACUGGAGAAAACACUUUCAGAUGACAGUGAAGAUAAACAGUCAUUGAGUGAUGACGGACAUUUUUCUGGGACAAGAGCUGAAUGUGGUCAAAAUGAUACAAAUACACAAAUUACAGCUCAAGUUUGGAUGUAUCCUAACUUGAAGUCUUCCUUCGAGGAGAAGAUACCCAAUCUCAAUGAAGCAGGAAAAGUGACUGAGUUGCAAAAUUUUGUAAUAGAAUCAGAUUUGGAAAUUAAAUCUCUUGAAGAAACUCCAUCAGGUGACAGUGAAGACAAACAACCACGGUAUCUUCCACAAAUAGAUGCUAGCCAUUUUUCUGGAGCAGCAAAUGAAAGACCAGUAAACAAAUUAGAUGUACAAAUGAAAGAACCUGCAAGGAAAUAUCCAAACAUGAAGACACCUAAUGAAAUGAAUAAUCUCAUUCCAAAUGAAUGCUUGGAAGUGAAGGAUGAAAGAACAUUAAACUCAGAACCAAUGGUAAAAUCUACAUCAGAAGAGCAACAAAAAUGUCCUGCUGCCAGAGAUAAAAAACAACCAGUGCAAACUGGACCAAUGGAUAUUGUGCAUUUAUUUACUGUUGAAGAUCAAAGAGAAGAAAGUAUGGGAAAUAGUCAGGAAAAAGGUUCUCCUGAGGAGCAACCCCAACCUCAGCAUACCACUGAAAAGACAGAUUCUUCUGCUCAUGAAGACUCAGGCAAAAAUAAAGAAGAGUUAUCUCAUGCAGCUGCUCCUGAAGAAUAUUCUCAAUGUAAGGCUACCCCUGAAACAAAAGAAUCUAAUUCAAAUGAAAAUUCAUCAGUGAGGGAUAUAAAAUCAUUUUGUGCACAAGCAGAUUUAAAAAUGAAAACAGAGGAGUAUCCUGAUAGUGAGAAAAGUAGUCAAUCUUCUAAUACUACGACACAUACUCAACCAAGAUAUGCCCCUCAGGUAUCUUUAGGAUUAAUUCCAACACCAACAAACAUUCUAAAUGAAGAAGGGAAAGAUGAAGACUUAACAUUUGAAAUACAGAGCCAGGAUUAUCUUGACAACAGUGAAAAUACUCAGUCAUCUGAUACCAUUUUGGAUCUUCAGCCUAAGUGUGUUCCUCAUUUAUUAGUUGGAAUAACUUCAAGAUCCACGAAUCUCCUAAAUGAAGGAGAGAAAGCUUUUCAUAAUAUAUAUUCUGAAUUGAAGUCUCCCAUUGGAAGUAAAGCUUUAGUUUCAUCUGAAAUAUCAAUGAUGAAGCAGAAACAAGAAUUCCCACCAGAAGCAGACUGGAAAAUGAAAACCGAAGAUUUUCGGGAAAAUCUGGAUGACGAUGAAAGCACUGAAUCACAUAAUUCUUUUACGUGUCUUCAACCAAGUUCUAGUCCUUAUUUAUCGUUAGAACUAACUCAAAGGCCACCAUAUCAUCUAAAUAAAGGAGGGAAAGAAGCAGACAUACAAAUGACAUCAGAUGAAAACCUUAAAAAUCUGGAUGGAAAUGAGAAUACUCAGUCAUCUGAUGACAUGUCAGAUUAUCAACUGUGGCAUGUUCCUCAUUUAUCAAUACCCACAGAUCUUCUAAAUGAAGGAGGAAAAGUUGCUGAAUUACAAAAUACAUCAGUGAAAACUCAAACCAAUCUUGAACGCAAUACCAAUUCUCAACCAUCUGAAAGCAUUAUGCAUCUCCCACCAAUGCAUAUUUCUCAUUCAACUGGAAUAAGUCCAAGAUUCACGAAUCUCAAUGAAGGAGAAGAAGCAGACUUACAAGCGAAAUUGGAGGAAAAUCAGAGAAAUACUGAUAUCAGUGAAAACAUUCAAUCAUCUGACAAUGUAAAGCACUUUCAACAAAGGCGAAUCCGUCAUUUAUUGAUGGGGCUAAUUCCAAGAUCUGCAAAUAUUCUAAGUAGAAGAGGGAAAGAAUCUCACAAGAAAUGUUCUUCACUUAAGGAUCCCACUGAAAUAAAAGUCUUUGAUCAAAAUACAAAAUUAGAAAGGAAUGAAAUACAAACAUUCAAAUCAGAUCAAGACAUGUGUGAUGGCAGCAGAAAUAAUCAGCCAUUGGGUGAAGCGAACAGGCAGAAACAUGCAAGCAGUGAAAUGGAAGACAGGACUCGAUCCUAUGGCCAGGAGCUAGCUGCCGCUGCUCCUGAUGCUUCUACUGCUUCUGUCAUUGCUGCCAUCGUCGCUGCAGCUGUUGUAGCUGUGGCUGCUCCUGCUGCUGCAGUCGCUGCUGCCUCUGCUGCCAUAGCUGCUGUCGUGGCUGCUGUUGCUCCAACGGCUUCUGCGGCUGUUUCUGCCGCUGCGGCUGUCGAUGCUCUCGCUGCUGUUUCCGGGGUUGCGCCUGACAAUUCCGCUGUACCUGUCGCUGCUGCGACGGCUGCCACCGCCGCUGCUGUCCCUGCCUCGAUGGCUGCUGCCGGUGCCCCAGACACUGCCCCUGCUGUCGCUGCUGCUGCUGCCGCCGCGGCCGCCUCCACUGUUGCAAUGACUUCGGUGGCUGCUGUUUCCCUCACUGCCGCAUCUGCUGCUUCUGUGGCCGCGCUGGUUGCCUCUGCUGUCACCGCAGCGGCUGCUUCUGAUGCUCCCACUGUAGGUCCUGCUGCUGCUGCAGUUACUGCCGUGGCUGCUGCUACUGGUCCUGCGGCAGCUGCUGCUCUUGUGGCUUCUCUUGCUGCGGCUGUCACUCCCUGUGCUCCUCCUCCUGCUAACCCUUCAGCUGCAUCCCCUUCUCUUGUUGCUGCGGCGACUGCUGCUGCUGCUGCCGUUGCUUCUCAUGCUGUUGCUUCACCUGCUGUAGCUGCCGCUGCUGCUGCCGCUGCUGCUGUUGCUGCUACUGUUCCUCCCCGGACUCCUGGAGCAGCUACUACUGCUGUUGCAGAUGCAGCGACGCCUCCUUUUAAUAUCCCCACAGCUGUACCAGCUGCUGCUGUUGCUGUUACAAAACAAAAAACAAGUCUACAAAGAAAGUGUGUGGAAGCAAGAAAUCAGCGAUCUCCUCUUGAGGAGGCGGAGGAGCAUACUGAGCUGCCACAAACUACAUCUAGGGAAAAAGGCCAACCAGCAAAAGUGGUACAUGAUAUCAGUGCCUUGACUCCAAUAACUGAAUCAUGCUCAGCGGAAUAUCUUGGCAGCUCCUUACAAAGUUCACCUGCCUUUGACUUAUAUAAAGAGUUAGUAGAACUUAAAGAAACCAAUGAUCAAAUGCUCACAGAAAAAACUAAAGUGGAGACGGAAUUAUCUGAAGUAAAAGAAGAGAACUCACAGUUAGAGAAAAAGCUUGUAAGAAAGAAUGAAAGAAUCUCUACUCUGAGAUCAAUCAUAAAAGAACAAGUGGAGAAGAAAAGGAAUAUAAUUUGUGCUUAUAAUGAGAUGGUGGAUGAACUGAGAGAGAAAGAGGAGAUGAUUGAGAGAAGAGGAGAACAAUACAACAGACAAGUUACAGAGACACAAAAAUUUGAAAUAUGUCUAAAAACAAGAGAUGUGGAGUUGAAACAGUUACAAAAAGAAAAAGAACAUGCACAGAAGAUGGAAGAUCACCUACAAAUGUUGGAACUAGAAAACACCUCAUUAAUUGCUAGAGUUAAGAAACAAAAGGAGGAGCUAGGACAUCUGCAGAGACAUAUGCUGGACACCCACAAAGGCGUGGCACAGGGUCCCAAAUUUACACAGACAGCUGCUCAGAAAAAUCAGGACUUGUGUAAGAACCAAGCUACAUUAAUAAGUGAGAUGGAAAACACAAUCAAAAGUUUGCAGUCACAAGUCUCCAGUGUUAAAAUUUCUAAAGAGUUAAACAAAAGAGAACUGGAAAAAUAUAAGCAAUUCUAUCUAGAAGAACUAAGAAAUAAAAACUUUUUAUUACAUGAACUAAACAGGACAAAUUUGAGUCAAGAAGGAUCUCAUACAGAACUUCGCAUGAAAAUCGAGCAAAACAUUUCUGCAUCAAACAUACUGAAUACAAGACUGGUACAUGAGCACUCUUGUGUAGAAAAAACCCACAGACUGGAGAAGGAUGACUUCCUCCUGAGGGGAAACUUGGUAGUACCCUCCUCAAGCUUAGGAUGUAUUCAUGCCUGUAUGGCACAGUACCCGUGGACGUCUGAAGAUGAUAUGAGAGAGCUAAGCAAAGAGCUCAGUGAUGACUUGAAACAAUCCGUGCAACUCAGUUUGGAGACUCAGAAGAAACAAAGUCGUGAAGUAGAAAAAGAACUAGCUGGAAUUGGGGAAUCCUUCGAGAUGGCAAAUUGUGGGCAUGAAAUUGGAGAAUGUGGUUCUCAUGGAGAUUUUAAAACCUGCCAAUUUAGAAUGAGUACUCCAGCUAUCAUGGUGGAAUGCUCGGCAGAAGCAACAAGUAAGCCACACUCAGAAUUCUUAAGGGAUAGUUAUUCACCUUCAACAAUAAAUGAAAUGGAAAUCAAAAUUAGACGCCUUAAAUCUACACUUUCUAAGUUGAAAGUUAACAGAGCAUUACGCGCAUUGGAACUGGAACGCUAUAAGUACCUCUAUUUCGAAGAACUAAGCAUUAGAAAAUCAUUUCAGUCCCACCUAAACAAGAGUAACUCAGAAAAGAGCAACACACAGCUUCACAUGCAGAUCCAGCGCAGCAGCUCUGACAUAAAUGCUCAAAGCAUGCAGCCUUUUGGUGGGUGCUCAUCUGCUGACGGUUUUGAUAGCAUCCCAGGACAGAAGAGAGCUACUUCUGAGAGAAAACCUGACAGCAUCUUCCUCCACAAGUGGCCUGGAAAACUGCCUGGAAAUGUCUUCAGACAUGAGCGGGAUUCCAACACCGAUUUUACUUUAUCCAGUCUGACUGAGCUAUCUAGUGACUCCAGUCAGUGGGAACUCCAGCACUCUGCUUUUGACACCACAGAUUCACUGGCAAGAAGUUUUCGGUGA